AGUGCCAAGUGAUGGGGGGAUACUGCCGGGUUCCCGGGCGGUGACCUAAAACAGCUAGUUAGGGCUCGCUUAGGGCACUGGAUGCCAAGAGCGAAAUCCGCACCACAACGAGCGACUCUCGCGAUCUCCAAAGUUCGACGGCCGACCGACCAAAAAGCGACAAUCUUCUCUCCCGACAUCGAGGACCACCCCGGCAACCACAUCAAAAUGGUGAGUACCUUUUUGAACACUGCGUUAAGAAAUACGAGGAGGAAUUGUUUUUCGUGGAUCACGGAGCAUCACACUCGUCCAAAGGGACCGGAAUGGCUUGCGUUAUGAUGGCAAUCCAACGUCCUGCUGUGUGCCUGUGUGGCCCUUGUAUCCCGGAUUUUCGACUGCCACCGUCACCAGUUUUACGACCCGUGCCCUGUUCUUGAAAGAAGGGGGAAAAUUUUGUGU